AUGGACGUCGUCGUGGUAACCGGGAGCUCUGACCAUCAGUGGCUGCGGAAGGGUAGCAGCGGCCACGUCGUUGCUCAACUGCUCGAGUCGCCGCUCCCAACGCCACGCCGCUCGUGCUGCGGGCGGUCGGCCGACACGCCUGCUGCGCGCCACGGCUGCGCGGACGCGUCCCCGCAGCGCGGGCACGUGCCGUUCAAGUGGGAGAGCACGCCGGGCGUGCCCAAGAGCGCAGCGGCCGCGGGGGGUGGCAAGGCGGAGCGGGAGGUACCACUGCCGAAGCCGCCGCCGGGGCGGUGCGGCACGUGCCACGCCGCGCGGGCGCGGGCGCGGGCCUACCACCACCACAACCACCACAGCAACACCACCGACUCGAGCAGCGACCAGCAGGACGACGGCGACACGUUCUCCGACGCGCUGGACAGGAUCUCGUCCUCCGACAGGCUCGCCGCGCUCUCUGCGAGCCUGAGCGCCAUCGACGGCGCCGUCUUCGGGUCACGCCGUUCGCCGAGCUUCAUCAUGGACCGCUUCCUCCCGGCCGCCAACGCCAUCGCCACCACGUCCGCGGACAAGCACCCUAGGCGGCCGUCGCCGCGCCGCUCCAAGUCCAAGUCCAAGUCCAAGCGCGACAGGGAGGCCGAGGACGAGGCCGCGGCCAGAGCCAGGUUCGCGACGCGCAUUCGGCGCCGCGCUCUCGCCUUCGAGCAGCCUAAACAUCCCCCGCCGCAUUGUCAGCGUGAGCACGCGGCGGCACAGGCACAAGCACAACUCCCGCCAUGCGCCAAAGAGGAGGCGCAGGGCGAGCAGAUGACCCCGAGGGCGUGCGGGUUCAUGUUCUUCGUCCCCUGGAGCGCCAAGCCGGUGCUCCUCGGUUUCCAGCGGAGCCCGGCGCGUUCCCGGACGACGCCGCGGGGCGACGUCUCCUCUGUCACAACCGCGUCCUCUCCUCCGCGCCGGAGCGUCACGCUAGGCGACGUCCUGGAGAAGGACCGCAAGCUACGGGAUGGCGGCCUGUCGCAUUGGUACGACGAGAAGAGCGGCAGUGGCAAGGAGUGGGCGAACCCAGGGUGGGGCAUGGCGCUCCUUGGUACGAGCAAGAGGUACUGCGCGGACGCGAGGAAGGCACUGAGCAGGUUGACUCUCUCUGGAAUGGACAGCGGCGACAGCCCAAGGAUCAGCAGGGAACGGAGCUGCAGCAAGCACAAGCAGGCCGCCUCGAUGCCGCGCUCAACGUUGGUCAAGAUGCCGCCGCUUUCGCCGCCGUCCGAGUCGUGGCUCAGCAAUGCGGGAAGUAACAAAAGUUGA